AUGCACGCCUCUGCCUUCGCUGCUCUUGCUUUCGCUGCUGUCGUUGUUGCUGGCGGCUCUGGCGAGGGUCAGUGCAACACUGGUGAUCAGUUCUGCUGCAACAAGGUCUCGUCCAGCUCGGACGAAUCUGCCGUCAAGGAAGCCGCUCUCCUCGGCGCCGUUGUUAAAGGCAUCACCGGUGAUAUUGGUUUCGGUUGCACCCCUGUCGGCGUUCUCUCUUCAGGCGGCAGCCAGUGCUCAUCGGCGCCGGUCUGCUGCACGGAUAACACAUUCAAGGGGCUCGUUAACCUUGGCUGCUCCCCCAUCAACGUCGCUCUCUAA